AUGCCAUCGUGUCCGAGUCUGCAGCAACCCUGUCCCAGGCGGCCCAUCAUCGCCGUCGACAUGGUAUUCGCCUACCGGUGGAUCUGGAUGAAGUCUGACGACCGCAACCUGGCGACCAAGAUGAGGCGAAUCAACUUCGUGGCCGUCAUGGCCGACAUCGAGAGCAAGAACGACAGCGCCCGCACACCCGAGGGACUGAUCUGA